AUGGACGGUGCUAUGCAAAGUACUCAAAGCUCGGCAGACCCGUUGGAGGUGAUGCUUGAAGGCCAGCAGACAGGGCCUGAUAUCAAAAUUCUGGAUGUCUGUGCAGGAGAGGUGCGACGAAAGGUGGAACAAGAACUCAAGGACAGGGCCAUGGAUGCAUGCCAAGAGGUGAACAGCCUCGUGUCCGCCGCGUUACGCCACCUUCCACCAGAAGUCCGGGCUCUGCCAGCCAGAGAGGCUCUCUUCGUCUUCUCCCAGGGUAGUGGAGCGGUGCAAUCCUGCGCCGCGUUGUUGGAUGGCCACGGUGGGACGUCAGAGCAGGAUCACAGCCUUUGCUUUGCCUCUUGUUCAGAGCUCUGUCAGAAGCAGCUGUGCGUAGCCCGUGUGCCGCAAAUUUUGGCCACGGGGAUGCUGACAUCUAGCUGCAGUGCCGACGCUGCCAUUGGCACCAGCUUCUUUGACAGCGCCUUCGUCUGUAGGCCCGAGCGAGACACAGUGAGCUGGAAGCGCGUCGGCAGAAGCAGGUUCUUCCACUUGCAGAAUGAGGCUGGCAUAGGCUGGCUACUGGAUGCGGCCGAGGUGACACCGCAGCCCUCCAUGGUGUCAGUUGUCUCCCGCAUGCCAACGAUGGCAGUGGGCUACUGGGCUCAGCACUUCGUGUUGCAUAUCUCGCAUAUCCUGCGUCAUUUCUCCUUUGUGACAUCCAGGCUCCCCGGGCGGAUUUUUCCGUUGAAGGCUGCGCGUGGCUACACCGGCAAGGUAUCCUGUUCUUACGACGAGGUGGAACGCUGCAUCACCGAGUUGCAGGAUUUGGUCAAGGCAGCCGUGACCUUCAAUGGUGAAAGCCUGCCGCCCGAUCAGGCUGCGUCCAGGUUGGGGCUUGGCAAGGUUGCUGUUCUGUCUGGUGAGUCUGGUACAGCUAGCGAGUUAGAUUUUGCCGCAGCUGCAAGCACAAAGGGUGUUGCGCCCAAUGUGCCCGAGCAAAGCACAGCAGAAACCAUUGACAAUCUGAAGGAGGAUACUGCAUCUGCACAAGUGCUACCAGGUGGCAGAAAGGUUUGCGUUGUUCUGGUGGCUGCAGUCCUUUUGCUGGCCCUCGUUCCAAGGGCUGAGCUGGACUCUCGAUUCCCAGAUGCCUCAAAGGGUCUUGCAGUUCUUCUAGUGACUGCCCUGUGCUGGAUCUCAGAAGUGAUGCCCCUUUCUAUUUCCAGUCUGGUGCCUAUGGCACUGUACCCGCUGCUCGGAGUCGUCAAGGCAUCUGUAUUGGCACGCAAGUUCUUUUCUGGCACAUCUUUUCUCUUCAUUGCGGGCUUCCUGCUUGGCCUGGCUAUCGAGCGAUGGAAUUUGCAUACCCGCUUUGUGCGCAUUGUGCUUUCACGGAUUGGGAACCGCAUACAAUUCUAUCUAGCAGCAUUCAUGUUUACCACAUGGUUGCUGUCCAUGUGGAUAUCAAACACGGCGACGAUGCUGUGUGUGAUGCCGAUGAUGAAGGCUUUCCUUUCUUCAUUAGAAGGUGGACACCCAUUGUUUCAUAGCAUCAUGCUGCUCGCAGUAGGAUACUCCGCAACUGUCGGUGGGCUGUCAACGCCCGUGGGCACACCCACUAACGGAAUUUUCAUGGGCAUGUUCCAGGAGUUCUGGCCGGAUGAGGAAGAAUUCUCAUUUGCUAGAUUCUGCAUUGUGGCCUUGCCUUUAUCGGUGGCACUGCUGCUUUGCGUUUAUACAAUGACAUGCAUCGCCUUGAUGUGGACUGGUGCCGGUAUUAAGGUCAACCGUGAAGCUUUUCUUCGCACUCAACAGCUAGGGAAAUUCACAUACGAGGAAAUGGUGGUAUGCCUUGACCUGAUUUGCCUUGUGAUUUUAUGGUUUACUGCUUCCAGAAUAGAUACAUUUCCUGGCUGGAAGAGUUGGGUAUCAGCAGACCUUGACAGCGGGUCCAUAGGCCUGGUGUUUACGCUUCCUCUCUUUCUGGUGCCAUGUGGUCGAUGGCUGCCUCCUGCUGUGAAGCGAGCACUUGGCGAAGAUCGUUGUCAAUCGCUAUGUAAAGGUGGCAGACCGAAUUACAUUUUGGAUUGGGAGAGUGUCAAGAAGGAUUUCAGCUGGGAGAUCCUCUUCGUGUUUGGCGGCGGAGCCUUGAUUGCACACGGUACUGUAAAGUGCGGCUUAGCCCAAGUCAUUGCCGAAGCUCUCCAGAACCUCGGCUUCAACUUCUUCAUGUUCAACCUUGUCGUGGUGACAGUCAUCUGCUUUGUGACCGAGGUGGUUUCAAACAUGUCUACCUUGAGCAUUUUCGGUCCGAUCAUGGCCAGUGCUGCGGUGCAUAUGGGAACCAGUCCAAUCCAACUUCUGCUCGGCGUUACUUUCGCUUCGUCCUUCGCGUUCAUGCUGCCAAUGGCUGGAGGUCCAAAUAUGGUCGUCUAUUCCACAGGACGUGUGUCUGUCGCGCAGAUGGCAAGCUUUGGCUUCUGCCUAAACCUAAUUGCCAUCUUGUUGGGAACUCUUUACAUCGUGUUUGCCAUGCCGGUUCUGCUUGGAACCUGGUAUGAAGGGCGCUCCAAUCCCAAGUAUCCAGCCGCCAAGGAGUUCGAGGUGUCAUCGGCAGAUGGUGCAUAUGUUUUCGACUUCAACCAGGCUUUCGCUGAGGCCGCAACGCAGGAAGAUGUGUUUGAGCAUGUAGGCAAACCAAUCGUUUCGGAUGUCCUCAGCGGGUACAACGGCACCAUCCUCGCCUACGGACAGACGUCUUCUGGCAAGACCCACAGUAUGUUUGGUCCUGGAAACCUUUCCAUUGACAGCAUCGUGCCGGAUUUGCAAGGAAUUGUUCCGAGGGCCGCUCGAUUCGUAUUUGACCACAUCGAAGCCAGUGUUGACUAUGACACUGAGUUCACCCUGCGCUGUAGCUUCAUGGAGGUAGUUCCUGCCAAUCCUGGUGACCAAUCCACGCAUCAUGGUGCGCCCCGCUAUGCCGCGCUUGAGAAGAGUAAAGCUGCAACCUCCGAAAGCCUGCCGAGGGGGGUCACUCAGACUGACCUCACCUAUCAGGACAAGGUCGCACAGAUGCGGUCGCGCAUUCUCUCCAUCAAGGAACUUCGAACUCAAAGCGGCACUGAGUCGCAUCCACCGGAGACGACGCAGACGACUUCAGUAGCUCCUGUGCCAGCUUGCCCUCAACCGCAGGAGAGGCUGGCCUCAAUCAUGAGCUUUUUGGACGAGGUUGAGGAAUCCUCCAAGGCAGACAUCUCCUCGAUUAUUUUGUCCACCCGCUCAUCGAGAAGUGCAGGUGAGCCUGAUGUGCCCAGGUCCCACAUUCCAUCGGGUCUGACUCAGGAUGCAGCAGCCAUGCUUUCCAGAGCCUCGAUGCUUGAGGUUGAAGUGCAAGACAAGAAACAAAUCAUUGACUCCUUGAAGAGGGCUCUCCACGAGUCUCAGGAGCGUGAAAAGGAAAGGGUGCAGGCAACGGCCAAAGAAUGGGAGGGGAAGUUGCAGCAGCAGAAAACACAUUACGAGGCUGGCAGUGAGCGGCACUUGAAACUCGUUGACCGACUGCUGAAUGACAAGACAGAGCUGACAAGAAGGUGUGAGCUCUUCUCUGAUGAGUUGAAGGCUGUGGAGCGCAAGUAUCAGAUGAAGAUUGAGGAAAUGGAGGAUCAUGCUGCAAAGGAGCUCGCCAAGAACAAGCAGAACUGGAUUGCAACUGAACGUCUGAAGCGCGAGGCAUGGGAGAAGGAGAAGGUGAAGGAGAUCAAGGACAUGACCGUGAAAGGUCUUCAGCCGGAGGUCGAGCGAAUCCUAGCUGAAAGGAAGCAGGAGAAGAUCCGGAUGGAGGAAGGGCAGAGAGAAGCUCUCGAGGAGCAGAGGCGAGAGCUUCUUGCGCUUGCACAGAAGCAGCUCCAAGAACUUCGUGAACAGAAGCAUCGUGAGAUGGAGGCAGCUUUAGAUAAGGAACGCGAAGCUCACCGCAACAAGGUACGGGAUGAGUUUGAGCGUUUCAACCGCGAGCUGCAGGAGGAGAGGGCCAAAUGCGCAGCCGAUCUACUGGCCGAGAGGCGUUUGCGCGAAGAGCUCAUCCGCCAGGCAACCGAGUCUUCUGAGGCGAAGUUGCGGGAAGCGAUUGCUGCAGAGCGUGCACGCAUGCAGCUGUCUCUGAGUGACGCAGAGGCGCGACUGGCAGCAUCCAGCCGACAGCACCAGGAGCAGCUGAAUCAGCUUGAAGCACGCAUGCGAGGUGAAGCAGAAGCCAGCCAGUUGGCACAGAAGGAGCAGGCGCAGCUGGAACUACAGGAACGUGAGGCAUCUUUGCGGAGGGAGCUUGCCGCUGAGCGAGAUUGCCAGCUGGAAGUGCUAAUGGACCGACUCAGCCGCGAGCACGUGGAGCGACAGCUGGCUGUGGAGAACGAGGCCAAUGUCAAACUGUUAGAGGCGCGGGCAGCCGCAGGAGAAGAGAUGGGGCGCCUAGCCAAGCAGCUGGAGGAUGCCAGAGCGGAGGUGACCAUGGUCCAGCAGCAGAAGAAACAGCUGGAAGAGAUGAUGCGCAACAUGAAGGACUGCCAAGCGGUCUCCGCCGAGCGACUUACGGAAUAUCAGCAGAGAUGCACAGACCUCGAAAGUGAAUGCAACGGCCUUCGGAAGGCAGGAGAUGAGGCCCUCCGCCGACAUCAAAGCGAGCUUCAACAACUUGACAGUGCGCGGGAGAAGGAGCUGGAGGACCUGCGGCAGCGCCUGGGGGAGGCCAUGGUCCAAGUAAAGGAGGAGCAGGCCAAGCUGGAGGAGCACGGCAAAGAGUCUCAGCGUCGCGAGGAGCAGAUCAUCGCAGAUUUGGAGGCCCGAGUCAAGAGAACUUUGCAGGCCAAGGAUGAAACCAUAGCUGAGCUUCGCAAGCGCUGCACGGCAUUGGACAACAAGGUCUCCGAAUUCGGCUAUCUGCUGGAGAGGCAGCGUGAAGAGCUCCUCAGUGGCCUUGUGGGGGAGCUGGGUUAA